AUGAAUGAAGAUUCAAUUGAAAUGAUAAGAGAAACGAGACGUAAUAUACUUGUAUUAAAUAGGCGAAAAAAUCGAGACGAAGAAACAGACAGUAGACGUUCUUUGAGAAACGUAUCGCCAAAAAAAACCCACCCAGAUACCAUAAUGAAUAUAGCUAACAAAUUGAAAACAAAGUCAAUGAUGAGUGUUCCAGAGCUGCAGAUAUUGAAGAAUGCUCUCAUAGAUGAUGAGACUUAUAUACAAACAGUGUUGAACACCAAUGGAGCUCUUCGGGGAUUAGUGCGUGAGCUGACAGGUCACGAAGUAAGAAAGCAGUGUGCAGCAGCGGGUUGUUGCUGUAACUUAGCUCUUGGGGAUGCACGCGCUGGACUAGCUGUUAGCAAGUCUGCAGGACCUUAUCUUGUUGCCACCCUCAAUAACCUCACGACGGAAUUAGCGGUCACCAGUUCUUGGACUCUGGGUAACUUAGCUGGGUCAGGGACAAGAGCAUGUGAACUACUCAGGUCUCAAGGUGCUGUUGCUAAGUUGGUAGAGCUAUUAGACUGUGGCAAUGAAGAGAUGAGAGAUGCUGUGUUGUAUGCUCUCGUCAGGUUUGCACAUCAGUUGAAAAACAACUUAAGGUAG